CGGUCAACCACCAAACGAAUGCCUCCUGCCCAGAUUCAUAUGAACAAGGUGGUGAACGGGUUGUGAAGAUAUCGUAAUUGACAACGACGAACGGUUUGUGUCGUCACAGCAUACUCAGUUCCAAUGCUGUUCUACUCGUUCUUCAAGACCCUUGUCGGGAAGCAAGUUACGGUUGAGCUAAAGAACGACUUGGAGAUCCGCGGUACACUCGUGUCUGUUGACCAAUUCCUGAAUAUCAAGCUGGACGAUGUACAUGUUGUGGAUGAACAAAAGUACCCGCAUAUGAUGUCCGUGAAGAACUGUUUCGUUCGGGGUUCCGUAGUGCGAUAUGUAUCUCUACCCGCCCAACAUGUGGAUACCGCACUGUUACAAGACGCAGCAAGACGAGAAGCACAGGCUGGACGAUAGCAGUACGGUAGCAUGUGGUGGGGUGUACAUAUAAUGACAACGACGAGAUGUUGCAAGUAAUGUGCUCAGGGCGUGGCAUGCGUCCCCGCAUCGUUUAAUGAAGCGGUAAUCAAACUGUGGAGGUGGAUCCGGCGGUGGAAUCGACAAGUGUUAGCCAUUACUUUUGCUCUACUGCAGAGCCAAUAUAUUACAAGGUGGCCAAAAUAUUGGUCACGCUACUUUGCCGCCG